AUGCAGUCUGCUGUAUUACCAGAUUGCAAUAUUAAAAACUUCACCUCUGACUGGAAUAAUGGAAUAAAUUUGUCUGCACUGCUUGAGUACUGCAGGCCUGGAUUAUUACCUAAUUGGCAAAGGUUGUCUCCCAGCAAUGGUUUGGAAAACUGCAGACGUGCUAUGCAAAUAGCUGAGAGGGAGUUUAAAAUUCCAAUGGUGCUUGAGCCUGAGCACUUCGCAUCCCCCCAUCUAGAUGAAUUAUCUGGGAUGACCUAUUUAUCCUACUUUAUGAAGGAGGAAGAUUCUCCAGGAUACUAUUCUACCUUGAACUGGGUGAAGAACCAGAUUCCAAACUUCAGGAUAAACAAUUUUAGGACCGACUGGAAUGACGGGUUAGCUGCAUCUGCACUGGUAAAGAGUAAGGGAGGUCCAGUUCCAGGAUUCCGGGAUAUGAACAAGAACCCGGAGAAUUGGACAGAGAACCUUGAUACAGCACUCCGUGGAGCUCAGAAGCUCGGAGUAAACCCCGUUCUAGAAAGUCGGGAUAUAGCCAAUCCUAACGUAGAAUAUCUUGGUGUGAUGGCGUGGGCAGCGCAGUUUCAAUGGAUUCCUGAUAAGGCGGGUCCUGCCGAACUAGUGGAGAUGCGACUAGGAACUGGCAAGUGUAAGGUUGGUGACAAAGUUGAGUUCCUGGUCGAUGUUCUUGAUAAAGACCAGGUGAAAAUAGAUCAUCUUGACGCAAAGAUUGUCGGACCUUCGGGACCCGUCAACCUCGAGUUUGAUCCUCGAGAUGGAAAAGGUCACUUUACUGCCCGAGAGUAUGGAAUGCACGAGGUUCUGUUGACUAAUGAAGGAGAGGCCGUGAAGGGAUCUCCCUCCUACAUCCGGUCUAUGCCCAACUCUAAGAAAGAUUAUGAUGGGAUAGAACCUUGUGCUGUUGGUUCAACUGUCGAGGUUUUGAUAAAUCCUCAUCAUGCAGCAAGACCCGAUCUUCUUGAAGUAACCGCAUAUUCUCCGACAAACCGUCCUCUUGGUUGUCCUGUUUCAGAGGACAACGGGACCUUCUAUGCUUCCUUUCAGCCAGACGAGGCCGGAGAAUGGAGGAUUCAUGUCACUUAUGAUGGAGAGGAUAUAGAGAACAGUCCCUUUAAGUGCAUGGUCUUCGAUCCUAGAGCUAUUUUUAUUCCUGACCAGGAGAGUGCAAGAAGAGCUAAACCAGGAGAACCGUUUACUUUCACGGUCGACGCUUCUAAGACAGGCUGGGGCGAAGUCGCUAUAGAUGUCGUCUUCGACAACAAAUCUAUCCGUCGAACUUUUUAUGUCGAGGAGAUUAGGCAUAGAGUUUACCAGGUCACAUUCACCCCGCAGUCCAGAGGCAAGCAUAGGGUAUACGUUUACCUGAACGGGAUGGAGGUUAAGGGUUCAGCUUUCUCUCUCCGGAUAGGUAAAGAUAUAAAGGAGACCAGGAGUAGCAAUACAGAAGCCUUCAAGGUGGACAGAAAAUACAAGAAGUUUGACGAGCAGAAGGUAGAGAGAAGGUUUAAUAAUAACUAUACAGAGAAGGAGGUUUAUAUUGAGAAACCUGUUGCUCCGCCACGAUCUAAGAGGGAUAAGAGACAAAGCUUCAGGGAUUUUAAAGAUGAACAAACACGUCUCUUUCAGUCAGAUCAUCAGACGGAGGAAGGUACAGAUCUUCUCCCUGUUAGUAGAACCAUUGCGUUUGAUUGCCCGACAGAUGGAGCGGAUAAGAAUGAUAUUCAUAUAUCUAUAAUUGGACCUGGAGGAAGCAAGUGUCCAACCCAGAUAAACCUGAACCAGGACAGAACUUUUACUUGUGAAUUUUCAACAUCCAUGGUAGGAGAGCACACGAUAGAGAUCAUAAUAAGCGAUGAGAGACUUAAUGUUACUCCAAGCUUCUAUACAUAUGAUGCUUCAAAGAUUAAAGUUGGACAGCUACCGAUGGGAUAUGUUGGAUUGCCAGUGGAGUUCGAUAUUGGAGGAUCUGGAGCAGGUUUUGGAAACCUAGAAAUUGUGGUUAACGGAGGUCGAGUCACCAGCCAUGUACAUACAAUUUCAAAAGAACAGUUUCAAGCUAACUUUAUCCCCCACGAUCCUGGCCGUCAUAGGGUAGACGUCAAGUUUAACGGAGAGAAGGUUCCUAACUCUCCCUGGUUUGUUGAAGUAAAGGAUCCCAAUACUCCACUACUAUCUCCGAUGCUUGUAGCAAACCCCGCUAAAGCUCGAGAAAACGGUUUCGGAUCCCAUGAUACUCUCCCUAAACCCAGACUCAACGACUCUCUCUCCACUUUGAACAACAGACUUAGCUCAAGCCAAUCAAAACUGAAUACUGAGCUAAAACAGAACUCACUCUUUCAACAGAGUAAAGAAUUGGUUUCAACAUCUACAUCAAAGUUUGAAUCCAGCUUCUCUUCUUCAAACAACAAAUCUGAUCUCUUUUCUAAGACUCCAGCUAAAUCAGAUUUUCAAAAGUCAGAGUUCGGAAGCUUCUCACUUCUAGAGACUCCGAAACUUUUGUCUGGAGCUAAGUCCUCAAACUUGGAAGAUAAGAAAAGGUUUCAGUCCUCCUCUAUGGAUCAGCUAAACUCUCUAAGUCAAAGUUACUCACCCCGUGCCACCUACUCAACUACUAUUGAAAGGUCUGUCAAUACAGGGAAGAAUGAAUUUUCAAAGGAUUCAAAGUUUAGCGGGUUAUCGAAUGGAAAUUCAACCAUGCCUAAAUCUUCAACCUUCAAUAAAUCAAUAGAACGGCGCAGCUCUUUACACACAAAACUGUCCGACCCCACGGAUAAAAAGUCAUCAUUGACCAAUGGAUCCGGUUUAACUAAGUCAACAGAAAGUUCUGGUUUAUACUCGAAGUCAAUAGAGACAAAUGGAAUAUACUCUAAGUCUCAAGAAACCAGUAAUGGAUUCUUAUCAAAGUCUCAGGGAAAUUCUAGUAUCUUUUCAAAGUCCCAAGAAAGUCCAAGUACUUUUCCCAAGACCAUGGACGGUUCUAGUCUGCUCUCUAGAUCCCAAGAUAAAUCAAAUCUUGUCUCCAAGUCUCAAGACAGCUCUAGUCUCCUCUCCAGAUCCCAGGACGUGUCAAUGACAACCUCCAGCUUCUCCUCCUCCUUCAAGUCGAGUCAAAACUCCUUCUCUAAGUCCCAGGAGUCAAAGGCUAUGACGGUUGGUCCAGCACUCACCAGCUACAAGGGAACAGCUGAGAAGUGCAAGUUUGUUGGGGAAACUGUCAGACAUUUUAAUGCGGGGAAACUUGCUACUUUUGAAAUGUUUGCUCCAGGAACAAAGAAAGCAGAAGUAGACGUUAAUAUCAUAAGUCCUGAGAAGCGACAUAUACCCCACAAGGUUGUUGACUCUGGAAACGGAGUGUUUAGGAUAGAGUUUACAACUGUAGAAGUGGGCAGUUAUGUCAUUGACGUUACAGUAGCAGGUUUAUCUGUACCGAACAGUCCUUUGAUUGCAAAGGCAUAUGAUGCCACACUAAUCAAGGUGACAGAUAUAACUGAUGGAAUCAUAGGAGAUCUCAGCACUUUCAGAGGUAAUAUUAGGUCAUAUUAACAUUUAUUCAGUAGA